AUGAUUUCGAAUAUCCAUGCUCUGAAAGGUAGAUUAGAAACAGAGAUUCGAUGGUAUAAGAAUGAAAAGGAAAAACUCGAACAGCUGCUUUCGGAUGGAGAGGAAAACUUCCAGGAGACAAAGAAUAAGAUUAUUCAAACAAAAACGGAAAUGAAGAAAAUAAUAUCAACAUAUUCUAGUGAUCUGCUACAAGAACUAGAGGGAAAAUGGAGACCAGAAGAAAACAAAAUAAAAAUAAAACUUUCGAAUCUUGAAAAGAAUAAAGAUGAAUUAGAAUCGAGGAAAAGACUGCUGGAUAAAACACUCCUAUCUCAUCAAUCUUCCGAUAUUUUUUCUGUAGGUCAAACACUAGUCAACACACUGCCAUAUAAAUCUUUUCCACGAAUACAACACGGGAAGACAAAGUUUAUUCCAGGAAAAAUAUGGAAAUUUGAGAGUGAAGUAUCAACAACAUUUGGUGAGCUUUACACUGUUCCAUCUCUAGAACUAAUUGAUAGUUACGAAACUGAUAUCUCAAUUGUGACAAAGAUACAUUGUGACUAUAAUGAAGUAGUGAUAGGUAGUUGGGUUGAUGAAAAACUACAAACAGUUAAGUCUAAGCGCUGGAAUAGAAGCACAAGGAAAUUUAAAACAUUAGGUAUUCAUGUAAGCACAAAUGAUCAAAUAUUAGUAGGACUGGUUGAAUCACAUGGUCUUACAAGUCCUACGAGAUACAGCGUAAGGAGAGUUGUGGUUAUGAAUCAAGACGGUUUCAUACAACAUACUUAUGAGUAUGAUUCAAACAGUCAGAGACUAUUUUCAUGGCCGAGACGAAUAACGACUCAUAAUGACAACAUAUUUGUUGUUGAUCUUACAAAUAAAAAAUUGGUGGGAAGGGUUGUAGUGUUAGACUAUGAGGGUGAAAUACAAUGGACGUACACUGGUUGCAAUAGUAUAAAUUCAAAUCAAUCUAAAUUUACACCACAAGACAUAGCAGUUUCACCAAAUGGCAGGAUAGUGGUUUCCGACAGAGACAAUAAUGCUGUACAUGUAUUAAGUCCUACUGGAGAGGUUAUAGAAUAUAAAGAGUUGAAGACAUUUGGAAUAGAUAUACAUUUCAGUGUUUGCAUUAACCAGUACGAUGAUUUGUGGAUUGGCUGUAAUACAAUGACAGAUAAAAAUAAGGCCAAGAUUUUUCAUCUGAAAUUAAUAUAA